AUGUACGCCUUAGCAGCACGUCACGUAUCCACGAACUGGCCCGAUCACGAUGAGAUAGACAAAGGAGAGCCAUAUCUAGCACAAGCUAAGAUAUUGCUUCUUGCUGAGCUUAGCGAGAAGAAGCCAAGGAUCACAACGAUCCAGGGCUUGCUGACCUUGUCCGGGCGCCAGUGUGCAGUCGGUAACAUAUCAGAGGGCUGGACGUACGCCGGUAUGGCCUUUCACAUGCUCACAGAUGCUGGUCUACAUCUAAGCCUCCAGAAGCAGAUGCUGGACGCAGAGCUCACAGCGGCAGAAGUAGAAGUCCGGCGACGAGUCUAUAUGGCUGCCUUCACCUGGGACAAGACCCUCAGCCUAUGUCUUGGGAGGCCUCCCCUGAUCUUGAACCUGCCCACAACAUUGGCAGAGAUUCUCGAUGACUCGGAAGAUCAACACAUGUGGAUUCCACCCAACUACCCGGCUUAUCCUCCAAUGCCCUCCUAUGUUACCGUCUGCUUCCAGCAUUUCUGCAGUCUGAGUGUCAUCGUACCGUUAGUGUUCACCAAUCUAUCGUUGGCGAAUCAGAAUCUUCUACAAUCUCAUCAUACAGAAAUUUUGCAACGUCGACUUCACGAUUGGUAUGAUCGCUUACCAGCGUUCCUCAAGCUUGGGAAGCUGAACUUACAUAUAUGCCCACCGAUACACAUCUUGGGCUUGAAUCUACUAUACCACACUUUGCAGAUUCUCACGACGCGAUCUAGCAUCGCCCGAAGUGGUGAGCCUGGUAUACGGAGGAUAGCGAUGCGAUCCUGUGUAGAGCAGGCGGAGAUUAUGCACAAGCUGUUCAAUCUAUGUGGAGCGACCUUCGAAUGGUCGAAUAUGACAUAUCUGGUCACCUACUGCGUAUACACUGCAGCUAUGAUUGAUGUGAAUGAGAUGUCCUCACCUAGCGUGGCAGCCAGAGAGAGAGCGACCGUACGACUCGGAGUAGCUUUACGCUUGCUAGAAGGCGAAGUCAGACAGACACCCGGUGUCAGAAGCAGUAUCGACAUUAUCAAGCGCCGUUUAGUGAGCAGUGUCAGUGCAUCGGGUGCAGUCACCCCGGAGCGGCACGCUAUGGAGAUUGAUGCCCAGACGACUGCCACAUAUGAUGGCAACGCGAUGGCACGAGUUCAGCCGAUCCUGGGACUGGAGACACCAGUGUCGCGAAUCGACCUCCCCUUGCCCAAAGAUCAAGUGACACAGCCUGUUCCAAACACCGCUCAACCCGAUGAUCGCAAUGAAUUCGACCACUUUGCUGAUUUAUGGAGCAUUGGCCUCGAUGAUCUCGAGGUAGGAUUUCAGCCAGACUCAUUCGCGUGGAACAUGGACGAGGGUCUGCACACGGUCUGA